AUGUGUCUAAAACGCAUCGACCCUUCCAUGGUUUUUCCCUACCUGAUAGCUGACAGGCCCAAAUCAAUGAUGGUACCACCUAAAGGUUUGUCCCUGAACACCCCGCCAAACAGCAGUAGCAUUGGUAGUGACUCAGAAGAGGAGGAGGGGGAUGAGGAGGAGCAGGAGGAAGAAGAAGAAGAGGAGCUAGAUGUGGUUACCUUGAAGAAGAGGCAGUCUGGGAAACGGUGCAACUCCAUCUCAUCCGAGACCAGGCAUCUCACCCCUUUUGCGUUGAAUAGGUGGCACGUCUUCCACCACCAUAAUUACGCCGCCCACCCACCCAUGAGGUGGGAGCUGCUGGCUGUCAAGAGGCUGAAGCUGGAGAUCAGCGGCAGCCCAAGAGGGGUCCUCAAACAGAUCAGCAGCAAUCACAAGUGUGCCAAUCCCUGGACAACAGAUACGGAGGACUAUGACAACAGAAGGACUCGUAACAUGCGUGAGGGUACGAGACGGAAUAAACUCAAGUCGAGCUUGCUUGCUCUGCGGGAUGUGAUGCCGGAGGUGGCCAACAAUGAGAAGGCAACCCAGGUGGUCAUCCUGAAGAAGGUCAGGGAGUACAUUCACAGCAUGCAAUCAGACGAGCAGAGACUGCUCUCACUGAAAGAGCAGCCGGACUUCUGA